AGUGACGGUCACUGCCUUCCUGAUUCGAUCAAUGAAAGUGCCUGUACCAGAACGUCUAGGUUACACGACCACCCCCAUUUUGGCCUAUGACCAACUAAAUGAUCUCCGGCCGCUAUUUUUUUUCUAAUUCUUCGCACCUAAAGGGUUGAUAUAAAUGUACCAAAACGUCGUAUCAGUUUGAAAUUGUUAACAGAGAAGACACCGAUUAAAAAGGAAAGAAACGAGGGGUUUUUCAUUAAUUUUUCAUUUAAAGAAUAUUAGAAUCAAUCGAUUACAAUACCAUGCCUCCAUUAUCGAUCAGACUGUCGCCACUGUUCACCUAUAAAUGGCGGGGCAGGGUCUAUCAGACCCCAGAUAUUUUUAUAUCUUUUAAUAAUUUGUUUUUAAAUAAAGAGGUAGGUGUGACUCACGAUAGUACCUUUUUUUCGUUUCUUAAUUUCUGAAUAUUUCUUUAGAGGUUUGUGCGAAUAAAUAAAAUUAAGGAUAUUUGAUUCGUGCGGAAAAUGUACCGAAAGAAUGUAAAUGUUGAUGACAUAAAUAGAAAUGUGAAUGAUUCAUAAACGAUAAAUAAAGUAAAAUGCGCAUCAGAAUCGUUAUUCUACUCGUUCGUUUUACGUCGAUAACAAUGAGUAAUAUCUAUUCAAAGAAUAAUACGUCAUAUUAUUCUGCUUCCAAGAAUUUUACAUUUAUUUUAUUACAGCCUCGAGAUAAAUAUCUUGUCGGUUAUAUAUAACAAGUCACUCAAAAACAGAGUUUCAAAAUAUUCUAAUUAUGGAACAAUACGUGUAGGCGCAUAAGUUGUAAAGAGCAGGUGUUAGAUAAGCAGGCAAACGUUGCAUUAUAAUGCAGAAAAUAUUGUCUAACUGUAACUGUAAACCUUCAGAGAACUCUGUCUUGUAAUAUUGAUUAAGCUUUUAUUUUUACCACAUUAUUUGAAAGAUCACAUUUAUAUUGUGUCUACGCAACAGGGUUGCUUAAAAUAAAAAUGAUGAUUUAAAAGGGGGAAUGUCGAGAAUUUCUUUUUAUAUUUAGUAGUACCCAAAUCAGGAUAAAAUAAUGUACAAUAAAUUAAAAAGAAAAAUUAAAACAUUUCAUAUUACAUAGUAAUUGAAAGAAUACCUCCUUUCUUUAUAAGAAAAUUGCAAAAAUGAAUGCAAUAAGGAUUGUUCGACAUAAAAAUAGAAAUUUCAUGGCAAAAAUGAUUUCGCUGUCAUAGGAAUGAAGAGAAAAGGAAAAAGGUUUUGCACGCAGGUUCGAAUGGAAGGUAGGUGGGUACACAUGGUCCACCUGCAGAGGAGAGCCAACACCUGUCACGCACACUAGCCAGGGCGAAUGCUUUACGGCGAACAAGUAGAUUCAAAGUGGGGGUCUAUCAGGCUUUUCACUACCCCUUAGUACUAGUUUCAUUCGAACGAUCAUGCGGUUUAGAUGUUUUUAUUCCACAUGUCAGUGAAUAUGAGCAAACGUGAUGUAAAUAAAUCGCAAUAGUGUUAAUCUUCCGAUGCUUUUACUAAAUUUUCAAAGGUGUGUUUGAACGAUUUCGUGUAAGGUUCUUAGCACGCGGUCGAUAUUUAUGCGAUGAAACAUGGUCAAAAUGAAAGCGGAAACGAUCGACAGUGAUACACAAAUUGAUUGUGAUAGCAAAGAGAAUAUGCAUAGUGAGGAUUACGGUGUCGAAGCGGAAUUAACGAGCCUUACGUGGUUACAAUCGCUCGACAUUACAAGUGCCUCUAGUUUGCCAACGCCACCCUGUUCUCCAUCUCCUCCGCCAGUUACGCGACAACCGAAAAAGAAACUUUCACCGUUAAUCAAAGCUGAAUUAGAUCUCGCUGCGAAUGCUGAAAAGUACCGAACCGACCCCGAUGCAAAACCACCCUUCUCCUACGCCACGAUUAUCUGUUUAGCAAUGCGAGCAAAUAACAAUAAAGUGUCCCUUUCGAACAUAUACGCGUGGAUCCGAGAGAAUUUCUUAUUUUACAAGUACGCCGAUCCAGCCUGGCAGAAUUCAAUUCGGCACAAUUUGUCAUUGAACAAGUGUUUCGUGAAAUUACCACGAUCGAAGGACGAGCCAGGCAAGGGUGGCUUCUGGAAGCUGGACCUGGAGAGGAUGGAAGAGGGCAGGAAGUCGAAACGUCGCGCAACGAUGUCCCAGCGGAUCCGUGGCUCGAAGAACUUCGCUCCAGCUAAAACAACGGUAACGAAUAGUACGCAAAGCAAUGGUGCAUCCUCGGUCAACAGUUUGUCAACGUUGUACGAGACACCUCCGAGUAGCGUGUCCCCUCCGAUUCCGGACUGUCUCUCGGAGAUACCGGAGUCCACCCAAGUCAGUUUGAGCGAAGAUGAUUUAACUGGUUUAUUAAUAGCCACCGCGGGGUGGGACGAGAAUCAAUUAGAUCUCUUAGAUUCCCUUCUGGAUACUCUUUAA